AUGCGCCUCUUUGUGUUCACCACGGGCGCCAUCAGCCUCUUGUUACAGGGCAGCCUUGGCAGGGCAAACGACGGCCACCGACUUCCGCUCUUACUGGAAGCAACGCUUGAUGAACUCCGCGCCGGACUGGACGCGGGCCGUUUCACGAGCGUGGAGCUGACAAAAGCAUACAUUGCGCGCAUCCAAGAAGUCAACAAGGACCUCCACGCCGUCACCGAAAUCAAUCCCGAUGCUCUGGUCAUCGCCGCCGAGCUGGACCGCGCACGCAAGGCGGCCACAGCACCGCUGAAGCCGCUGCAUGGAAUACCAAUACUGGUCAAAAACAACAUAGGGACCGCAGACAAGAUGAACAACACCGCUGGAUCGACGGCGCUGCUAGGGGCGACGCUCAGGGAAGACAGCACCGUCGUCAGGCGGCUCCGCGAAGCCGGGGCUGUCAUCCUGGGCAAGGCCAACCUUUCCCAGUGGGCAGGUUCGCGCAGCCUGCAGGCCAGCAAUGGUUGGUCGGCGCACGGCGGCCAGACAAUCGGUGCUUACUUUCCACAGCAAGAUCCCGACGGCUCAUCGUCUGGCAGCGCCGUGGCGGCGUCCCUCGGACUCGCCUGGGCCUCGCUCGGCACGGAGACGCUGGGCUCGAUCUGCGAUCCCGCCCACGCCAACAACAUCGUGGGCAUCAAGCCAACGGUGGGACUGACGUCGCGGUUUCUCGUCAUCCCCAUCUCGGAGCACCAGGACAGCGUGGGCCCCAUGGCCCGCACCGUCAAGGAUGCGGCACACUUGCUGCAAGCAAUUGCCGGACCCGACAGCAGAGACAAUUAUACUCGGGCCGCGCCGGGAACGCUGCCAGACUACGUGGCCGCCUGCCACAAGGACGCCUUAAAGGGCAAGCGGCUUGGCGUGCCCAGGGACUACAGGAGCAUGUAUCCGUACCUUUCCGCAGACGUGUCGUUCGAUGCGUUUGACGCGACUGUUGGACUCUUGCGGGAGGCCGGCGCGGAGGUGUUGGAGGGCGUCGACAUGCCUGGAUGGGAACUCAUGAACAAGGCCGGCCGAACCGGCAUCAUCACUGGUGCCGACUUUUUGACAGAUCUGCCCAAGUAUCUGGCCGAGCUGGAGACGAACCCCAACGACAUUCACGACCUGUCCGACGUCCGCACAUUUACAGACCAAUCGUCUACAGAAUCAGACGAGUUUGACUUUAUGACAUUCAACAUGGUUCUCAAGCGUAACAUCAACAAUACGAUGCCCAUUUGGUGGGAGUACUACACUGAACGAUACCACCAGAGCAAUGAGCUGGGCCUCAUAGGCGCCCUCCGAAACAACAGCCUGGACGCCAUGAUAGUGCCUUCGGCCAUUGCGACCAAGAUUGCCGUGCAGGGCGCUCCCGUCAUUUCCGUGCCCAUGGGCUGCACCGGCCCGGAUACUGCAUAUCACCGCAACGAGGUGGACACGCUGAAUGACAUGGGCCCAAAUCACCCAUUUGGGUUUGGAUUCGCGGGCGACUAUUUUUCAGAGGACAAGCUGAUUGGCAUGGCAUAUGCGCUGGAGCAGCUGACGCAGGUGCGCGGGACGGUGAGACCGCAUAUUCAGCCGAGGACGGAUUUGCAGGACAUGGUGGCAUUUGAGAGCGAGGAGCUGUAUUUUAUCGUGACAUCUGGUUACACUGCCUGA